CCACAUUAGCACAUUGGGGACAAGAUACUAAACCAAAGACUCAAGAAUGCCUGCUUGUGCGCUUUAGAUAGAGAGAAAUAGAUAAAGGAGGAGAGAGAGAGAGAAAGAGAGAGAGAGAGAAGAGAGAGAGAGAGAGAGAGAGAGAGAGAGAGAGAGAGAGAAGGAGGGGGUGAGUAAGCAAAGUAGGAGGGGAGAUGGAGAAGUUGUGUGAGAGAAAGUGUAAUGGAGAAUUAUCACCGGAAAAGACGGAGCAGCAUGUAAGAGUUCAACUCAGGGGAAUCUUACAUUACUUCAAACAAGUGACAAAAAGGGCCCGAAAUGAGCAGAACAACAUUUUUUGAGGUCGAAAUCCUGGACACAGAAACCAAAGAGCAGCUCUGUUUUUUGGAUAAGGUUGAACCCCAUUCAAGCAUAGGUGACAUUAAGAUUUUUUUUCAUAAGUCAUAUCCCAAAUGGUAUCCAGCUAGACAAGCCCUGAGGCUGGACCCCAAGGGAAACACUCUGAGAGAUGAAGACGUACUACAGAAUCUGCCUGUUGGGACAUCAGCAACCAUGUAUUUCAGAGACCUUGGUCCACAGCUGAGAUGGACAAUGGUUUUUCUGGCGGAGUACAUGGGUCCCCUCUUGGUUUAUCUCCUCUUUUACAUCCGUGUUCCCUACAUCUAUAGCAAAAAAUAUGCCUUCACUUCAAGCCCUCAUCAUGUGGUCAGCUUAGCUUGCACUUGUCACACCUUUCAUUAUAUCAAGAGACUGUUUGAAACAAUAUUUGUGCACCGCUUUUCUCAUGGCACAAUGCCUCUGAGAACUAUUGUAAGGAACUGUGCAUAUUACUGGGGAUUUGCAGCAUGGUUAGCAUACUACAUCAACCAUCCACUCUACACACCACCAUCCUACGGAGAUGCACAAGUCAACUAUGCACUAAUUGUCUUUGUGUUAUGUGAAGCUGGUAAUUUCUCCAUCCAUUGGUCACUGAACAGUUUAAGAUGCGAAGGUCCCAAGUGUCGGAAGUUCCCACAUCCAUCUAAAAAUCCUUUUACGUGGCUCUUUUUCUUUGUAUCCUGUCCAAACUAUACAUAUGAGGUAGGCGCUUGGGUGGGCCUGUCCAUCAUGACUCAAUGUGUUCCAGUGGCUCUCUUCACGUUUGUGGGCUUCAUACAGAUGACCAUCUGGGCCAAAGGAAAACACAAAACCUACACCAGAGAGUUUAAGGACUACCCAAAUCUCCGCAUGCCAAUCUUGCCCUUUAUCCUCUGACUUCACUCAUUCACAUAAACUAAUUUUAGAUACUUCUGAUCAAUAAAUGCUGAGGUCAAAAUCCAGAGACACUGUGAGCCCAGCUAAGAGUAUUGGGACUGAUCUGAACAGCUGCAUGUAAAGAAAGCCGACUUAUGUCACCCUCUGGGAAGGAUUAUCAAAACUAAAUCCUCUUCUCAACAAUAGCUCAUGGUUAUCAUGCAAUAUGAUGUUGAAUAUUGUCAUAUUUACAAUGGUAUGCCACUUGAGAUUUUAAAAUAGUAGACUGAAUUGAAUUUGUGGGAGAGUUGCAGAUUGCAGAACAAUAUCCAACCACUUCAGCAAUCCGUUACGGGUAAAUUAAAAACAAGUAUACAUAAGCAAUUUUUCCUCACCAUAUCAAAAAGAGGGUUUAUUGCAAAUUGCACUGUUAUCAGUUCUAAGUUGAAAAGUAGCUGUGGGUCAGAUGUGGAGCAAUAUAUCAUUAAAUUAAUUAAAAAAAUAAAAUACGUCAGGACAGUUUU